CCACCCGCCCACACCCACACCCACACCCACUCCCAGACCCACACCCACACCCACACUCACACUCACACCCACACCCACACUCACACUCACACCCACACCCACACCCACACCCUUCGUGUGGUAUUCUCGAGUGCAAGUGUAUUUGUGCUGAAUCGGACGCUACUUGGGACGAUUUAAUCUUCAUUCGUGAAAAUUUUGGUCUUGAAAGGUAUGCUGGUGACUUUCGCCUACGACGAACUCACCCUUAUUUUUAUCAACUGAUUACUCUUCUCAAUAUUCUCGAUUUAUCCUGGAUCGAUAUUUGCAUAUUGAAAGGAGACGAUUUUUACGUUGAACGACUUACAAAUGAUGAAGUAACCUGGUCCACCAUUAAAAAAAACUUACAACAUUCUACUUCAGUUACCUUCUACCUCAAAUUAUGAAAAAUCUCUAACGACUUUAUUAUUUUCUUCUUAUUUGUGUUGUAUUUUUUCUCUGCUCGUUUUUUUUUGUUCUGUUCUUAUUUUUGUUUCGUUUUUUCUUCUAAUCAAGUAUUUAUCUCAAUAAAAUUUAUUGAUUACUGUAUAACACUUUAUAUUUAAUCAGUCGACAUAAUCUAAAGUAGAUGUUUUUUUCAUAACUGUGUGAAAAACUAUCUACAAGUUGUUAUAUAUAAAAAUGGUGGAGCCCAUUAGGCUUGGGUAGACUCAACCGACCACGUAAUAUUCAUACACCUUCUCGUGAUUGCUAUGUUUAACAUAAGGAAUCGUAUGAAAAGGAAACGAAAUGAUAUUAAGAAAAAACGAUCAAAGAAAAUAAGCCGCCCUUAGCAACAAACGACACAAAUUGAUCUAUUUUUUUUAUUGGCUAGAGGCUUAUAAGUGAAUUCGGAAUAACCAUCAUUCAAUAUCAUGAACGUGCUAUUAGUUUAUGUUGUGAAGUUUUAUCAGAAAACCAUCAAGAUCUAGCUGCUCGCUAUGUAGAUUAUGGUGCUACAUUAAGAGAACAACGAAAAUUCGAUAGAGCUGGCGAUGUCUUUGAGAAAGCAAAAGCAAUAUAUGAGAAUCAAGACGCUAAUACCCUUCCAUUAGAUCAUCCACGUUAUGCUGCAUGCUACAGUAAUAUGGUCAAGUUGUAUUGUGAUAAAGGUGAUUUUAAUCAAGCAUUUGAAUUUUCAACUAAAGAGCUUCAUAUUCGACAAACCUAUUUAUGUUCUUAUCAUCCACUAAUUACUACCAGCUUACAUAAUCUGGGCACUAUACGUCAUAGACAGGGUCAAUAUUAUCGCGCUUUUGAUUUCUAUAAGAGAGCACAAGCUCUAGUUGAAGGAGCCACACCACAAAAUCAAAAUGCUAUCUCUUCUGUUUAUGAUAGCUUAGCGAGCUUGUAUUUUGACAAAGCUGAAUACAAAUUAGCUCUAGAGUAUUAUACGAAGUGUUUAAAUAUUCGGAAACAAAUAUUAGAUGAAACACAUCCAACCAUUGCUAGAAGUGAAAUGCAACUUGGAAGAGUUCAUGCACAUUUACAAAACUAUAAAGAUGCUCUUGAGUAUUAUAAUCGAGCUUUGCAAAACAAUGGUAACAUAGGCGAAGUUUAUAUUAAUCUCGGAAAUCCUUAUUCAUUUCAAAAUGAACAUACAACUGCAAUGGAUUAUUAUGAAAAAGCUUUGACUUAUUAUAAAGAAACAUAUGGCACUGAUCAUUCAUACACAGCUAUGGCUUAUUCUAAAAUUGGUGAUACUUUUUAUUUGCUCGACAAUUAUGAUAAAUCAAUAAAUCAUUACAUGCUGGCUUUGUAA